ACUCCUCUUGUGGUUAUCAACUGAGGAGCACACGUGAGCCGUGAUGCAUUUAUACAGCCGUAUUUUGCACGUCACUAUGACAGGCGGAAGAAGAAGUAGUUCCUGCCAAUCAUUUAGACAGUCCCAAUAAUAUAGUUACUUUCCACUGUGUUCCUAUAAAUGUUCACAAUGCAAUGUUCACUGUGUUCCUACAAAUUACAAAUUUACCACAAAUUUCUGAAAUAUCGAUAUUUUGAAAUAAGAAUUGAGUCUAGAACACAAAUAUUUGCUAUCGGAAGAAUCGAUAUUACAGUAUCGAUCCGCACAUCACUAUUUUUAGGGAUCUGACGCUUCCUUACUUUCAGUCAGACUUAACAGCAUGGAAUCCAGCCGCUUCGCCUUUUUCAGUAUUUUUCUUUUGUGCACCUGCUCGGCUUCACCGCCGAAUUUCGUCCUCAUCUUCGCUGACGAUUUGGGUUACGGGGACUUGGGCUGUUAUGGACAUCCCAGUUCACUCACUCCCACCCUGGACCGCCUGGCAGCUGAAGGACUCCGAUUCACAGAUUUUUACAGCACCUGCCCCGUGUGCACACCGUCCAGGGCAUCAUUGUUGACAGGUCGCUAUCAGACCCGGUCAGGCAUCUACCCAGGCGUGUUUUAUCCAGGAUCUAUAGGUGGUCUUCCUCUGAAUGAGACCACCAUUGCCGAAGUUUUAAAGCCCCUGGGCUACGCCACAGCGAUCAUAGGAAAGUGGCACCUAGGUGUUGGGCAUAAUGGCAUGUUUCUCCCAACCAAGCAGGGCUUUGACCAUUUCCUGGGGAUCCCAUACUCCCAUGACAUGGGCCCCUGUAAGAAUCUGACUUGUUUCCCUCCAGAUAUAAAAUGUUACGGAUUGUGUGAUAUUGGCAGCGUAGCCGUCCCACUAAUGGAGAAUGAGAUCAUAAAGCAACAACCAGUCAACUUCCUGGAUCUGGAGAAAACCUACAGUGACUUUGCAACAAACUUCAUAACCACAUCGGUUGAGAAAAAACAACCAUUCUUCCUCUACUAUCCAUCACAUCACACCCACUACCCCCAGUAUGCAGGUAUAGGGGCAGCUGGACAAUCUUUAAGGGGUCCGUACGGAGAUUCCCUGUUGGAGUUUGACAACAGUGUAGGCCACCUGGUGGAAACUCUGAAGAGGACAGGAGUGAUCAACAACACAUUGGUCUUCUUUACAUCAGACAAUGGGCCUGAACUGAUGCGUAGGUCCCGUGGAGGCAUUGCUGGUCCUCUGAAAUGUGGCAAAAGUACCACAUAUGAAGGAGGCAUGAGAGAACCUGCCAUCGCCUACUGGCCGGGGACCAUCAAGCCAGGUGUUACUCAUGAGAUGGCCAGCACUCUAGAUAUCCUCCCCACAUUGGCGCGCCUGGCAGGAGCUGAACUACCACCGGUGAUGUUGGAUGGGGUCGAUAUGACGGAUAUCCUUGUUAACCAAGGAAAGAGUAAAAGGGAGACCGUGAUGUUCUACCCUGUAAAUCCCAGUGAAGACUAUGGCCUGUUUGCUUUAAGGCUGGGAAAGUACAAGGCCCACUUCUACACACAAGGUGCUUUCCACAGCAGCACUACACCAGACAAAGACUGCUCAGCAUUGCGCGAGACUCACGACCCUCCUCUGAUAUUCGAUCUGGAGGCUGACCCAUGUGAGCUCUAUGCUCUACCAGUAGAUGAAUCUGACAUCCAAUCUGUGCUGCAACAGGUCAAGACAGUUAAGGAGCAAUUUGAAUCCUCCAUGGUGUUUGGAGAGAGCCAAAUGGCAAAAGGAAAAGACCCCAGCCUCGAGCCUUGCUGCAACCCUGAGUGUAGCCCCAAACCUAGCUGCUGUCAUUGUUGAUGAGAAACAUUGCUGCAGCUCCUAAUGACAAUAAAGAAAGGGAAAGUUGAACUGCAGUGCUGCUCUUUUGUAGAGAGUUGAGUUUUAAUUGCUACAAAUUAAGAAGCAGUGUACAGGCAAUGUGCUUCCUUAGUGAGGAGGUGAUUUUCCAAGAUUUAAUACUGUCUAAAUUCAGAAAUAAUGU